UCAAACCAAUUCAAACAUUAAAAAAUUUAUCAAAACGAUUUAUAAAUAUAUCUUCAUUAUCCGAUUAUAUAACAAAACUGCCACAUAGGCCAAAACCUGUAUUAGCAGAUUUUUAUACCUCUAAUAAAGAAAGUUUUGCUUCGAUAGUACAGGGUUUGAAUGGUAAGCAAACGCUUCUCAAGGUAAUAGAAUUGUAUAAAAAUUUACCCGAAGAUGAAAAAGAGCAAUUGCGUAAACGUCAUUAUGAUGCAUAUCAAAUUUACCAAAAAGAUUUAAAUGAAAUUAUGAUGGGUAUACCACCAGAAACACAGACAAAGUUAAUUUUAGAUGGUUUUAUUAAAAAUCCUGAUAAGUUAUUUAACAUGAAUAUUCCAAAAAUACCACAAUCUGCAUAUUCUUAUUUCACCCAAAAACACUUAAAGUUGGAAUUCAAUAAGUCUAAAAAACUACCAGGAAAAGAAAUUUUGAAAGAAGCUGCUCAAAAAUGGAGAAAUUUAACAAAAGAAGAAAAAUUAAAGUGUGUUGAAGAAUGGAAAACACUGAAAGAAGAAUAUGUUAAAAAUAUGGAAAAUUGGAAAUCUAAUAUGCAAAAUAAUGGAUACCCUGAACAAUUAAUUAACUUGCUAUCUUCCAGAAGAGGCUUAUAUGCUUUGCUAAAAUCCCGCAAAUUGCAAGACACAAACAAAUCUAAAGAUCCAAUUAACGAUAUAGAAAAGAAAAUUGAAAAUAUGGAAAUUGAUAAAAUUUCCCCUUUACACACAGAUAAACCUAGGAAGAAAUCAAAAAUUGAAAAAUAAAAUUAAUUGAAUUAACAAAUUAUAUAUAUAUAUUAUACACACUAAUCACGUUUCUAAUAAAAGUUAUGGUUUAAUUUUUGAAAGAUAUAAUAUUCAAUAAUAAAAACCCAUAAAAUUUAUUUAUAAUAUCCAUAUAACUAAAGAACAUUUUUUUAUAACUGGAUAUCAAUUUUUUACUGAUAACGAUAUACUUUGUUAAUUUAUAUAUUGUUUACUAUUGUCAAUCACAGUAAUA